CGCACUCUUUGACUAGAACCUUCCUCCAUCAUCCCCUCCACCUUCCCCCCCAUCCCUUGUUCUCUUCCUCCUUUUCCCUUUCUUCUAUUGUAUUUUGGCCACUCUAAGAAACCUACAAUAUGCCUCGUGUUAAAUCAGAGAAAAGGAGCGAACCCAGGGGGUCCAGCCAAUGUACAAUCUGCAAUGUCAUAAUUUCCAACAAGACCGACAUGCCUCGCCACAUGAAAAUCCAUUCAGAGAAUCGGGACAAGCUGAUGCAUCGUUGUCCUUACCCGGAUUGUAAAUUCGAGAAUCUGCAGAAGUCGAAUGUGGAGACCCAUAUAAGGACGCAUACCAAAGCGAAGACAGAGCGGUGUCCAGAUUGUGAUUUUUCUACAGUUGACCCGGGGUCUCUCACACGCCACAGGAAGAGAAUACACGGUUAUAUUCCGAAGACGAGAAGAAGUCGCCAACCCGCGCCACCGAAGCCACCCCAAAUCUUACCUAUUGCUGGCCCCUCGUCAACUACGACAUCAAAUAAUAAGAAUAAGCCCCCUUACAUUGAAUCGAUUCCACCGCAUACGUCUUUCCGACCAUCACACCCCGAGUCCAGUUCGUCAACAUCACAUUCAGGGUCCGGCAGACAGCAACAAGAAAUCUAUCGUGAACACCAGCUUCCGAAAUACAAUCCUCAACCACCCCACCAUGUCCAGCUUCCCCCUAUCCGGUUCAUCCCGCAACCACGUACGGCUCUAGCACCAUGUUACUCCCGUCGACAAUCUUUUGCCAUAUCUCGCUCGCCUUCUGUCGAGUCAGAUUCCGGCUCUAGCUCUUCCUCGGUCUCUUUUUCGGCUUCCGCACCAUCUGCCAGCAGGUCACCUUCCAUUCCGAGCAUUCUCACGAUGUUACCUCCGCCUGUACCGGUACACCCAGAGUUGUCGUCGACGCUGCGUCCAGUCGAGGGUUGGUAGUGAAUGGCUUCUUUUGGAAGGCGGUUGCAACCGUAUUGGACGUAUUCUCUCUUGGGAUAUUGCAUUGUGAACAUAGGUCUGACUGGGAUAUGCUUGGUUUCUCGUGCAUUUUCACCUUGGAUAUUCUACUCUCCCUCACUUCGCUCUUUGGCUUUCUUUAUCCUCUUUAAAUAUUUUUUUCUUCUCCCGCAUUUCCUGCGUCUCUGAACGUUGUUAGCUCUAUACUUAUGUCUCCUUGGCAUUCCCCGAUAUUCACAUGUGCAUGGGAAGCCGGAGGACUAAUGUUAUCGUUCAUGUACAUGCUUCUCACCUUCUCACACCACAUCCUCAUUCCCGCAAACUUACAAUUGGAAAUGCCAACACCAACGCCUUCCAAGCCGUCAUGUAAUGUGUGAAUUGCGCUUUGCCUGC